AAACAUUUUUAUACCUAAAUAAACAAAAUGGGUAUAUACCCAUAACUACAUACGCAUACCUCUUCUCGUUCUAUCAGAGCCUAUGGCGUCCACCUCCACAACGCCGUCUCCGCCGGCGACACCCCACCGGAACUGGCUCGAACUUCCGGCCGACCUGACGUCGUCCAUCCUCCAACGCCUAGGCACAGUCGGCGUGUUAGUGAGUGCUCGAAAAGUGUGUAAAACGUGGCGCACAAUCUGCUCCGACCCGUCUAUGUGGCGGGUCGUGAAUCUGGGGUAUUCGGAUAAUUCAGCUUACUUGAAGGACUUUGAUUGCAGUUUGGACUCGGGGAUGGAGAAGCUAGCGAAGAAAGCUGUUGAUUUGAGCUGCGGAGAAUUGGUUGAAUUUAGGAUCGAGGAUUUCGCUUCUGAUGAGCUGCUUCAAUACAUCGCGAAUCGAUCAGGUCAGCUGAGACGGCUACAACUUGUAUCUUGCUAUGGCGUAUCGACUGAAGGGUUGAGCGAAAUGAUUAAAAAACUUCCGUUUCUGGAGGAACUUCGCCUUUACUAUAUUCCUGUCUCACAACAAGCUAUUGAAGUUGCAGGACAUUGUUGCCCUCAGCUGAAGUCAUUCAGCUUUAACAGACAUGGGUAUAGAUGGCCACAUGUUGAGUGUGAUGAGGAUGCUCUAGCUGUUGCGGAAAACAUGCCUGGACUACGCUAUCUACAGCUCUUUGGAAAUAAGCUGACAAGUAAUGGCUUGCUGGCCAUUAUUGAGAAGUGUCCUUAUCUGGAGUCUCUCGAUUUGCGGCAGUGUUUCAACAUUGCUAACCUUGAACAUGAUUUAGCAAAAAGGCUAUCUCAAAAGAUCAAGGUUCUCAGGCUCCCAUAUGACUCUACUGAAGACUAUGGAUAUGAUGCUGAAAUUAAUGAUUGGGAUUCUUUCGAUGAGGAUUAUCCUUCUGGUCUAUCAGAUAUCGACAUUGUCUCUGAGGACUACGAUUUUUAUGAAUUUUCUGGUGGCAGUGACAUAGAUAUGGAUUCUGACUAUAUGCUAUAUGAUUAUAUUUGAUGGCCUCUUUUACUUCUGGAUGAUAGCAUUGAUCGGGCAUAUCUCUUGGCAUGAAUGUCUGUCAGCUAAACUUAGGUGUUAUUGCUGCUUGGUGGAGGAAUUUGGAUCAUAUCGGCAUAUUAUCUCAAGUGAUAAGCUGUAUGGUAACUGUUUGUUUUUUCUUAAUGUGUAGCAUAUAAACUUUGGAGUCGCUUUUGAAGUCUAAACCUGUGGUUGUAGAAGUUAAAUAUGGAUGUAAGCUUCUUCUUUCUUAUUUCCUUUUUUAAUUUCAGUCA